GAUGGGAAGUUGGCUGAGCCCAUCGCUCUGUCAGUGGCGGCUGCUGCCUGCUCCGGGAGCGGGCUGAGCUGUGGCGGCCGAAGCUGGCAGAGCUGGACGCCAGCGCCGGGCUUUGCCCGCUUCUACUUGAAGCUGUGAAUUCCUUUGGACAACUGAUGAUAUUUAUCAUUGUGCCCAGUUUCUACAAAUAAAAAAAUGGGUGGAUUAUUUUCUCGAUGGAGGACAAAACCUUCAACUGUAGAGGUUCUGGAAAAUAUAGAUAAGGAAAUUCAAGCAUUGGAAGAAUUUAGGGAAAAAAAUCAGAGAUUACAAAAAUUAUGGGUUGGAAGAUUAAUUCUCUACUCUUCAAUUCUCUAUCUGUUUACAUGUUUAAUUGUAUACUUAUGGUACCUUCCCGAUGAAUUUACAGCAAGACUUGCCAUGACACUCCCAUUUUUUGCUUUCCCGUUAAUCAUCUGGAGCAUAAGAACGGUGCUUAUUUUCUUCUUUUCCAAGAGAACAGAAAGAAAUAAUGAAGCAUUGGAUGAUUUAAAAUCCCAGAAGAAAAAAAUACUUGAAGAAGUCAUGGAAAAAGAAACUUAUAAAACGGCUAAAUUAAUUCUUGAAAGGUUUGAUCCGGACUCAAAGAAAGCAAAGGAGUUGGAGCCGCCAUCUGCUGGAGCAACUAUAACUGCAAGACCUGGACAAGAGAUUCGUCAGCGACCUGCAGCUCAAAGAAACCUUUCUCCAGCACCAGCAGGCUCUAGCCAGGGCUCUCCCCCAAAAGUUCCAGUAUCUCCUGGACCACCAAAGGACACUUCAGCCCCUGGUGGACCCCCAGAAAGAACUGUUAUUCCAGCCCUAUCGUCAAAUGUGUUACCAAGACGUUUUGGAUCCCCUGCUACUUCAGUGCCUGGAAUGGGUCUUCAUCCUCCUGGUCCACCUUUAGCAAGACCUAUUCUGCCCCGAGAACGAGGUGCUCUGGAUAGAAUUGUUGAAUAUUUAGUUGGUGAUGGUCCACAGAACAGGUAUGCCCUUAUAUGUCAGCAGUGUUUUUCUCACAAUGGCAUGGCUUUGAAAGAAGAAUUUGAAUACAUUGCUUUUCGUUGUGCCUACUGUUUUUUCUUGAAUCCUGCAAGAAAAACCAGACCCCAGGCUCCAAGACUUCCAGAGUUUAGUUUUGAGAAGGGGCAGACUUUGGAAGGCUCAAGUACAGUUGGUUCCUUGCCCUCAGGAAGUGUGAUUUCAUCAGAGAACCAGAUCAGUGAAGAAUCUUUAGAAGAACAAGAUGUUCUAGAUAACAGUACAGAGCAGACAGAUGACAAAAUACUGGAUACAGAGCAGACAGACCCAGUGAUUGAACAAGCAUCUGGCACAGAGAAACCAGAGGAGAAGCAAGAAGAGACCGAGAAUGAGGAAACCUCAAUGAAUAAAGCCAAAUCAACAGUUCCCAGAGCUGAUGCUAUUCCUAAUCCUGAACUAAGUGGAGAAUCUUCGACAAUGUAGUAAAUGCUUCCACGUGCCUUCAACUGGAUAUUUGUAGUCUUGUUGAUGUCAGUUAUUGCUUUCUUAGGUGGUGCUUUUUUUUUCCCCCUCUAAAGACAUGCUUGAUGUCAUCUGAAUUUCCGAUUGCCUAGCUAUUUCAAUAUGUCAAAGUUAUGUCUACUGCUAUUAAAAUUAAAAGCAAGUGAUAUCAGUAAAGUAAAAUCCUUUUUAAUGUAUAAAACCCACACUGUUUAGACAGCUUUUAGGUAUUUUUUUCCAUUCUAAAUGUAAACAAAUAUAGCAGUUUUGUUUUUUAUUUGUGACCUGUAAAUACUAUCCAUUUUGACAUAGGAAGAACUUUGGUUAGGAAUAAGUUCUAAUAGCGUUUGUUUUAAGGAAUGAAACUCAAUUAAGAUUUUUAAUACUACAUCAUUAAAAUGGAUAGAAUUUUAACUCUUGAGAUAUUUUCCAAGGGGUAAAAUGUCUAUUUAGGCAUUUAUAUUAAGAGGUAUGAAAGUUACUACAGUAACAAUAUAGGCAUUGGUAUGAAUUCUCAGUAAGAAUGCAGUCGAACAGUCAAGUGCAGUGUUAAUUUUGAUGUCUCUUUUUUUGCACCUGGGCCAGAGGUACCUGAUGUAUAUAAUUAGCUUAUGUUUACAUAUUAACAUAUAGGAACUAUCUCUGCACUUGACUGUACUUGAAUUUUGAGCAUUAUUUAUAUUUGUAAAAUGAUGAUAUUAUAAGUGAAUUUUGUGCUCUAUUAUGUAUUUUGUUAAGGAAAAUAAAGAUGAUCUGGCAGCAA